AUGAUAAGUAUUAAAAAUCUUAAAUUAGGCUUAUUCAACCCGGGUUCGCUUGGUUCACAUCACGAUGAGUUCAUAGUUCUUAUGGAGCGUCAUGACGCAGAUGUCGUAGCCAUCAAUGAGACGUGGUUGCGCUCAGGGGAGGAUGGCAGAGCUCCAGUUGUGGCUGGAUACCGAUUGCGUCACAUACCUAGACCGGUAGAGAUUCGAUCACGUGGUGGCGGUGUCGGUUUCUAUAUCAAACGCGGUAUUUCUGUGCGUACACUGAUGCACCCGAUAUCGCCUCCUGUGGAGCAAAUGUGGAUAGCUACCAAAAUAAAUGGCAAAACCAUAAUUAUUGGCACAGCCUACCGCCCCCCUUGGGGAAAUGUAACAACUUUUUUUGACGCAUUGACCGAAACAAUAGGUAGCUUACCCUAUCAUGAUCAUCUGUAUGUGUUGGGAGAUUUUAAUAUUAAUUGUAUCGAUACGCGGGAUAUUCAUAGACAGGUAUUGGACCAGUUCCUAUCGACUCAUGACUUAAGGCAAUAUGUCACUGAACCCACCCAUUUCACUGCUAAUAGUGAAAGUUUAAUUGAUCUUAUUUGCUCGAAUACUUUAGUUAAUCAGAUUAGAAUAGAUCAUGUCGCUGAGUUCGGAGGCCACGCGUUUAUAUCCUGCGAAGUAAAUAUAAAAAGAUACAAAAUUUCACCGAAGACUAUUCUGAAUAGACCAUUAAAGGACAUCAAUCCAGAGCAUCUCAAUGAGACGCUUAAUUUAAUGAAUUGGGAAAGUGUCACUGAUAUCGAGGAAAUAAAUGACAUGGUGGCUGUAUUCAAUAGUAACUUGUUGUGGGUCUUUGACUUACUGGCACCCAGUAAAUUAAUCUGCUCCAGGGAAAACCAGCGACCCUGGAUAACAUACAAUAUAAAGUUGUUGAUGAGUCGUCGCGAUGCGGCUCACGUAAGAGCAAAAGGGAGUACGUCAGAAACAAGUAUAAGUUAUUAUAAAGAUUUGAAAUUGCAGGCGAGAGAAUAG